GAAGUGUCAGACGUUUGCGUAGGCACCAGCGUUGGAACCAUCACGGAGCCAGAUUGCCUUGGACCAUGCGAACCCGGCACCAGCGUGACACUCGAAGGCAUUGUCUGGCACGAGACUGAAGGAGGAGUUCUAGUGGUUAACGUUACCUGGAGAGGAAAGACGUACGUUGGGACCCUGCUGGACUGCACUAGGCAUGACUGGGCCCCACCUCGAUUCUGUGAUUCCCCCACAAGUGACCUGGACAACCGCACACCAAAAGGUAGAGAGACGCGGUCAUCGGUCCACAGCAAGCUGCGCAAUGGUGGAGGCGGAGGCGCUGCCGCUGCCCUCAAGGGACGCCGAGGAGCUACUGCCACCGCCAACGGCGCCGGUCCGUCGACGGCCCCCUCGUCGCCUGCGCCCUUUGCGCCGCCCCGCCCGGACAACAAACGCAAGAACCGAGUCGGCGAAGAGGACACCCCACCCAGCGGUACCGUCAAGAAGACUAAGGUCGUGGGACCGCCGCCGGUGGCCCCCGUCCCAUGCGGGAGCCCACCCCCCUCCCCCGUGCUGUUGGAGUGCCCGGAGCCGAACUGCUCGAAGAAGUACAAACAUAUCAACGGGCUGAAGUACCACCAGUCGCACGCGCACAGCUCGGCUGACGAUGACGACACAAAGGACGUGACGUCCAUGUCGGAGAAUGACGAGUCGAAUAUUGAGGCGCCAAGCCCGUUGAAUGCGCCGCAAGCAAAGAGUCCUGACAAGAGUAGUCAGGACAGUCCGGCGACGCCUCCGAAGAAGGAGAGCGAGCUGCCGCUGCUUCUGCGCGAAGCCUCGAGCCAGCCUGGCACUCCACGCAGCACUCCCCCCUCCCCCGCCACGCCGCAGGAACUGCCGCCGGCGGCCGGCUCACCUACCGUGCCUCUAGUAGUUGCCGACGCUAAAGCAGUCGUCAAGCCCGGAGUUCUGCGCUAUACGACGCCGGAAGACUAUCCCGUCGGUAUCUUUUCAGGGAACAAAGCUCAGGUUCAAGGUCCGCCGAUAGCGAGUUCGAAUCCACUGCCUUCAAGCCGACCAACGGCGGCGCCCACACUAACGGCGUCGACCGAACCGUCGCCCAACCAUUCCGAACCUCCCCCGCCUAAAACCCCCCCACAGCCACAGUCUUUCGCCCAAGUGGCCUCUUCGCCCGCGCAGCAGUUCACGCAGCCGCCUUCUAUCAUAAUUCCGGGGCAGGCGGCCGGGGCACAGAUCCAGCCGCAGCUCUCCCCGCUGCCGCCCCAUUCCCCCAGCCCCGCCGCCAAGGUCACGCAGUUCAAGGUGAAACCGACGUCGGCGCUCAUGCCCGACGAGAAGAAGCAGCAGCAGCAGGUGACUGCUUCCAAAGUGCAGAACUUCGCGAAGAAGAAGAGCCGGAAGUCUCCGGCGAGCAGUCCUCAUCCUCCCGAGCAGCCGCUGUACGGGGGGGAACCGUCAGGGAGGGAAGAGGUGCAAAGUCCGGCGUAUUCGGACAUUUCGGACGAUACCCCUCCGGUCAUGGAGCCGGAGAUUGGCGAGAAGGGCAAGAACGCGGAUAAAAAGACUGAGCAGGGGCAGAGCGUGCCGCAUUUGCCCCAGUACAAUAUGUAUCACCCGUUCUACGGGCAGACACAUCAGUAUCUGGUAUCUUCGCAACAAACGCAACAAGACAAGCCUAAGGAACCCGAAAAGCAAUCCGAAAAAGCAAUCGAGAAAGACGUUAAAAAGGAUACGCCCGACUACCCUCAGAAGGUCGUACCGCAACACUAUUACCCCUUCAGUUAUAUGCAGGGGUAUGGUUACAACAUGGACUCGAAUUACGGGGGAGUUCCCCUCGUCCAAGACGACAAACUCAAGGAGGAGCGGAUAAAAGAAAACCCCAGUCCGAUCGAUCAGACUCUUAAGCAACCAACUCCGAUUCCCAAUCC